AUGAUGAUGCGAUCCUUCGUCCUUGGGAAUAUUGUCCCUACUGUGCUCGGACUCGUGCCGCAUCAUGUUUCUGUGGCCAAUGAAAAGACUUCUCUCACGCUCCUCUAUCAGAACAAUCUGAAUGCAUCGGACGCCUCAAACCACAUCAGUGCAAUCCUACUUGACCCAAUGCACCAGCAUGAUGUGCGUGAAGCAUGUCAGCAAUUUGGAGAGACGCUGAUCUCCCAAACAAGCCUUCGUGACCACAAAGAAGAUUUCAAAAAUCUGUUUACAUGGCUUGCACACACAGGGAAAACGAAGUCGGACGCACACUUUUAUAUUCGUGAAGGCGUGCUUUCUGUUCCCAAAGACUCGGAUGAUUUUGCUGUCUCCAGCUUUCCACGUCAGAAUGCAAGGCUUCCCGUUUUGUGCACCCAGACCGGCAACGACUCCGUGAUUGAGGACGCAGAUAGUCGCCCGAAGCAGCUGCGAGUAAUAUCCGAAGGCAACUCGUAUAUUGGUUUCCGUGAUCAAAAGUCGUUUCGCUUCUUAGGUAUUCCAUAUGCUGACCCUCCUGGGCGCUUCAAGCACGCAAUACCCUAUUCGCAUAGAGACCAAACCAUCCACGCGACCAAGUACGGUUCUGCAUGUGCUCAGAGCGGUGGCGGCAGUGAAGACUGUCUGUACCUGAACAUUCAGACCCCAUACAUACCGAAGAAGGGUUCGCAAGAGGGCCUGAAGCCUGUCAUGUUCUGGAUUCAUGGUGGUGGCUUUACUGGAGGAACCGGUGCAGAUCCGCUUACGGACGGUGGUAACCUGGCAUCACGCGAGGAUCUUGUGGUUGUCACAUUCAACUAUCGGCUGUCGACACUGGGAUUUCUGGCUAUUCCUGGGACUGAUAUUACCGGAAACUAUGGGAUCUCAGACCAGAUUCUUGCCCUUGAGUGGACUAUAAAGAAUAUCGCGCAAUUCGGAGGUGAUCCAAAGAAGAUCACCAUCAUCGGUGAAUCUGCCGGCGCCGGCUCGGUCAGAGUGCUACUAGGUUCUCCUCCAGCUUCAGGGAAGUUCCAAGGCGCCAUUGCCAUGUCGAACCUGGGCGGCGGUGCUGGGUUAGGGUUGGAGAGCGACUACGCAACGACAUACAGUUCAUAUCUUACGCCCGACGAGUCCUAUAAGCUUGCGGGUCCGCAAAUCUUCUCUGAAGCAGGCUGCAACAGCGGCAGUCUUGAACAGAAGAUCUCUUGCCUUAGGCGUGUUCCUGCAUCAACCCUCGUUGGAUUACAGACUGUUGCGCGUUACGUCGUCCAAGACGGCCAUUAUGUGACAACAAAGGAGCUCGAUCUACUUCGGAAAGAUGUCACCACUUCUAACGUACCGGUCAUGUUUGGCAUUGUCGCCAACGACGGCGCUUCGUUCCCACGUAUCCCAAAGCUCCUUAAGAAAUACGCACAGUUCGUCAUCGACUCGGGCCUAUUCCCAUACCACGACACCGGCAACGUGACUUUGGACGCUUUCAACGUCUCCCAACGGGUAGCGACAGACCUGCAAUUCCGCUGUAUCGAUCAGGCAACUGUCUUUGCUGGUGUUACCUCUGGGGUGUUCCAACCUUCAUACUUUUAUCAGAUACAGAGGACAACCGGUGGCUACGACCCUAACAACCUCGGCGGCCCUCCCGCAACGCCAGAGUUCCCGAACGGUGACCCAGAGCUGCCCUAUUUCCGUCUCCAUGGCGCAGACCUUCCCUGGGUCUUUGGAACGCUAACCACCCUGCGCGAACCCCUCGACCUCUUUUCCAUGCAGCUCGUGUCUGCAUACUUUGCGGAGUUUGUUAGGUCUGGUCAGCCGAAUCCCGCGCCGGAGUACCUCCAGGCGCGCGGGUAUAAGCAGACGCUGGACGCCGUCAACAAUUUCGAUCGAUGGGAGCCGGUGUCUCACUCCGAGGGCCCAUUGCAGCUCCUCGAUUAUCCUAGUGUGAAAGCUCCUUUCCAGGAUCUGGCGCAGUGCGAAUUCUUGGGUUACCCGAUCACGUAUUAUCUCCGUUAA